GAUUAUUCCACACCCUAUAACGGCAAAGUGCUGGUUCAAUCUAGCUUCAUUUGUGCAAGGAGCUGUUCGAAUGAGGUUGUGACUAGUUUUCGAGGUCUUCAGCGUCCAAAAAAGGCUUCCAAACUAGGAUCUGGUUGUUACAAGGAGGAGAAGAAGAGUGUUAAGGACUUACUGACUGUUUAAGGAUUGCGUUACCCACCAUUUGAUCCCAACAUGGCGACCAAAAGUGUAAGUUUCGUCCUAGUUCUGUGCGCUUGCGCACAGCUUUCUCUGACUUUGACCUUCAAGCAGGUCGCUGUCAUGGACGUAAGGUCACCUGCGUUCCUGGGUCUCCUACCGAACGUGACGUCAUCGGGAGUUACCAAGUACGAUCUCCUGAUUAGCACGUUCAGCGGUAUUCCCUUCACUCAAGACUACGUCUGGGGGGUCCCCGAUGUGGGCAGCCGGCUUGAGAAGCCCGGGAGUUGGACCCCCGAAGUCAUCACCAACCAACUACACUGGCCGAAUGAGAUUGAACCCGUACCCGUUGACGUGUUUGGCAAGGGUGGUGUAGUCAGUGUUGCCGGUGGAUUUUUCCUGCCCACGAAAACCGACGGUGGUUUAUUCCUCAUUGACGGAUGGCCCGGAAAAGCAGGGUCGCCGGCGGACAUCUCUAGCAAUGACGUGAAGCAGGACUGGUUCUUCCACCGGGUGGAGUGGUUGGACAUGGACGGGGAUGGACGGAAAGACGCGCUCACCGCCAGGGCUUUCUUCAACCCUCUAGGGGGUACCUCGAAAGGAGAACUUCUGUGGUUCCAACAACCUGAGUCCGACCCCGUCAACACGCAGUUCUGGUCGCUACAUAAGAUCAUUACCGGCCCGGAUACCUUCUUUCGCACGGCUAGCCUGCCUAUUGGUGGAAAGUUGCGAACAGUCAUCAUCACGUGCGGAUACUUCUCCAAGGAGCUGCGCAUCACGUGGACAGAGGACCCAAAAGGAAACUGGACGAACGCAAAAAGCAUCAACUCUGCGGUGAUAGAUGAUGGGCUACAGUACUUCUCUGUGGAGGUUGCAGAUUUGAAUGCAGAUGGCAAAGAUGACUUGUUGGUGACCGUGAACAGCCCUAACAACGGUACAGUGUACGUGUUCGAGGUUCCGGAUGACCCGGUGACGCAGCCGUUCGAGCGGAUAUUACUGAAGAGCGGCUACAGCGUGCCCGGGUUCUUCCUGAACGGGAAAGGCGCUCCGGGAUCUGCCUUUCCUUUCUAUUCAUCUACUAACGGGAAAGGAAAACCGUAUAUUCUGGUCUCUGGCGACGAUGACAGGCAUGCUUACGUCAUGACUCCGCUGAGCCAAGACCCAAAAGACUGGCGGUACAAGCAGGAAACAGUGUACCAUGGCGGCGGCACGGUGGGACAGAUUGUGAUGGCUGACGUCAACGCGGACGGGAUCCAGGAGGUGUUCGUGCCAGCUUACAGCGAUAACAAAGUCUUGGUGUACCAAGUCACGGACACAGAAGGGUAGUCAUUAUGACUGCUCAUCAGAAUCGACAGGCUAGCUAAUAAAUACCAUAACAACUUUCAGGUGUAUCAAUUCGUUUCGUUUUCCCACCCUUGACAAGAAGGUUUACUUAA